GAAGUUCUGAGAAAGUCCAUACUUCUGCAUCAAAUAAUUGAAUCAUGGAGCCCGGAUUUUUGCAAGACAAUGUCCUACUCCAAUUUAUUCAGAGGAGCUCCACAUUACAAUGGUGACACUGUUCCUUUUGGUUUGUUGACACACACUUCAUCAGCCAUCAUAAAUACAUAUAGGUGAAACAGCCUUUGACAGUUUCAGGUUCAGAAACUGAUCUUACUUGGAGCCAGAAAAAAAUAGCCAUGGUGAUUUGCUUCUCUUGCAGGAAAUGCCUUAUGUUUAUACUGAUCGUACUCUGCAUGUUCCUACGAAGGUCAUCUUCAUGUCUAGAGAGAGAGAGAGAAAUUCUUUUAGACAUCAAAGCCUUCUUCAUUCACCCCAAUCAGACCUCGAAGGCGUCGAUGUAUAUCAUGGGUUCAUGGCAAGGACAAUAUUGUUGUAGUUGGGUUGGCGUUGAGUGCGAAAAUCGUACAUCUCAUGUUGUUGUUUUGAACUUAGAUUUUGUUCAAGAAGAGGGGAUAAGGGGAGGAUACCUGAAUGCUACUCUUUUUGUUGGGCUAGAACAAUUAAGGUCCCUUAGUCUGGUAUCUAAUAGUAUGGGAGGCUUAUUGCCCAUCAAAGAGCUUUCGAGACUGAGGAACCUGCAACGGUUGGUUUUAAGAGCGAAUUCAUUCGAAGGUGUACUACCGAUGGAGAUAGGUUUGCUAUCCUCCCUUCAAGUCCUUGACUUGGGUACAAAUAGACUCAGUGGAAGCAUACCUUCUUCUUUGGGCAACCUUUCUCACCUUCGGGUGCUCGAUCUAAGGGGUAAUCAAUUCAGAGGAAGUAUCCCGCCAUUCUUGAGUAGCUUGCUGUCACUUGAAGGUCUUUAUCUAAGUAAUAAUCAACUUCAAGGGAGCAUACCUCGAACCUUCGGUAAUUGGUCAUCUCUUACUGUUCUGGCUCUCAGUGGCAAUCGCCUUUCAGGACCCAUCCCAAGAGAACUUGGUAAGCUUCAAAAUUUGGCGGAAUUGUAUCUCUCUAAUAAUUCCCUGUCAAAUAACUUCUCAUUUUCCACUAUUGUACAUCUCUCUAAACUUCGAUAUGUGGACCUUUCUCUAAAUACCAGGUUGGUCAUCCUGGAUACGAAUGUCAUCCCAUCUUUCCAGCUUUCUGAACUCCGACUAUCAUUUUGUGACAUGAGUAAAUUCAACCUUAGUGUGGAUGGGUUCCUUUCCACUCAACGGAUUCUAGAAACCAUAGAUUUUUCGUACUCUAAAUUGGCAGGAAUUGUUCCGACUUGGCUGAUCGAAUCUGUUAAUGAGAAUUGCUAUUUGCGAGGGAACAUGCUCUGGGGAUCAAUUUCUUCACCAAUAGUUCAACCCAAUCUUACCCGUUUGGAUUUGUCUAUCAACAACAUUAGUGGAGAAAUACCAAAGGAUUUCUUUGCUCAUCUUCCCAGUCUGUCGAACCUAAACAUCUCCCACAACUUCCUACGGGGUAGCAUCGAUUCUUCCAUAGGCAGUUCAGGCACCUUGGUUGGUUUGGAUUUAUCUUUCAACCAACUGUCCGGGAAAUUACCGUUGAACCUUUCCAACAAGUUAUUAACUUUAGACUUGUCAAACAACAAUCUAUCAGGAACUUUACCUACAAAUCUAACUAGUGGAAGAGCCAUAUGGUAUUUGAAGUUGUCUAGGAACAACUUAGAGGGACCCCUGCUAUCACAGAACUUCUAUCUACCAAACCUACAAUCUUUACAUUUGGAUCACAAUGCAUUCCAUGGAACAGUACCAGAGAAUUUACUUCUUUACAGUCCCACUUUGACAGUAUUAAACAUUGGAUAUAAUUAUCUGUCUGGGGUAAUCCCAAGAGAGAUAGGGAAGCUACCAAAUUUGCAAGUGCUGAUCUUCAAAGAAAACCAGUUUGAAGGAAACAUUCCUCAUGAGUUGUGUGAGCUACAACAGUUGGCCAUUUUGGAUCUUUCUCUAAACAAUUUGCAGGGCGCCAUACCUCCUUGCUUCAACAAUAACUCUGCUUGGGUAAAUGGCACAUCAGCCACAAUAACGUAUUUACCAAUUGAAAAUGGCGAAUGGAAUUAUGUUGAGGUGGUUUAUUUCGACAAGGGCAACGAAUAUGGAUAUAGUGGACUCAUUCUCUCUCUUUUGACAGGAAUCGAUCUUUCUUCGAACCAAAUCAGUGGCUCCAUACCCAUGGAAAUGGGCCUCUUGAAAGGACUCAUUGUAUUGAACAUCUCAAAUAAUCACCUCACGGGCAUCAUUCCCAACUCAUUUUCUCAGUUGCAGGAUAUCGAAGCAUUGGAUCUCUCUCAAAAUAAGCUCACAGGUAGAUUACCUCCUUCAUUAAGCCUGCUCACAUUUUUGGGCAUCUUUUCUAUCGCAGAUAAUGAUAUAGAAGGGAGGGUACCCACUGAUGGCCAUCUAUCAACCUUUGGAGAAAGCUCCUAUGUUGGAAACCCAAAACUAUGUGGCUUCGCUGGGAAAGCAUGCUAUGAUCAGGUAUCAAGUAUGCCUCAGGGAGAUGAGGACAAUGAAGAUGCAAAAUCUGGAUGGGAGGGGAACAAACUUGUGCUCUAUGGUUUAAUUGCAGUGGGCUUUACAGUUGGUUUCUGGGGAGCUCUUGCAUUUGUUUUCCUAAAUAAGAAGUGGGGGAUUAUGUGUUUCGAAGCAAUGGAUGAAGUUAUUCAUCACUUGCUAUGGAAAUGUUAUCCAAUACCUAAAGGAACAUUCAAUCUUUUGCCAAAACCUUGAUCACUAUAUUUAUGUAUAUAUCAUCUAUGGUAGUAGCUGACCCCAGAUAGUUGGGAUAAGGCUCAAAUGAUAAUGUUGAUAUCAUGUAUGGCAGUCGCCCUCAAGUAAAAUUUAUGUUGCC